AUGGCCAAGAGAAAGAGGACCGAUACCCCUGUGGCUAGCGAGCCUGCUGCUGCUGCUGCUGCUGCUGCUGCUGCUCCUGCCGCGGUGACCAAGGCACAGACCACGACGACGACCAAGAAGCAGAAGACUACGACGGCCAAGACAGAAUCGGCCAAGCCGGCGGCCGCGACGACGGCUUCCACGAUCAAGACAUCGGGCUCGAAGACGGAGACGAUACAGAUCGUUGUCGGAUUCUACGACGGAGUCCUGCACGGAUUCACGGGUACGAUCAAGUCUGCUGCCGAGGGAAGCAAGAACAGUGACCGGGACAAGAAGAAGAAGAAGAAGACGGAGAGGAAGGAGAAGGAGAAGAACAGGACGAAGAAGGACGAGGACGAGGACGAGGACGAGGACGAGGACGAGGACGAGGAUGAGAGAAGGAUGGAAUUUGCCGACACGUUCCUCCUGACCGCACACACCAAGUCGAUACGAUGCCUGGCGAUAUCCCCGCCCUCGACGGGCAAGGCGGGCCAGGGCCAGAAGCGCAUCCUGGCAUCGGGCAGCUCCGACUCCAAGAUCAACCUGUACGAGCUGACGGCCCACACGGCGCCCGCGCGCGCGAGGGCGGAGGAGGAGGCGGACCCGACGGCGUCGCUGAUGCGGCACCUCGCGCCGCGGCCGAUCGCCGAGGACCGGCGCAACCGCGAGCUGGGCAGCCUGGAGCACCACGCGUCGGCGGUGACGGCGCUGUCGUUCCCACUGCGGUCCAAGCUCAUGUCGGCGAGCGAGGACGCGACGGUGGCGGUGACGCGGACGCGCGACUGGGCCCUGCUGAGCACGCUGCGGGCGCCCAUGGUCAAGGCCGAGGGCCGGCCGAGCGGCGACACGGCGGCCUUCGACGGCACGCCCCAGGGCGUCAACGACUUCGCCCUGCACCCGAGCAUGAAGCUCAUGAUGACGGCCAGCAAGGGCGAGAAGAAGGUGAGGCCGUGGAACCUGACGACGGGGAAGAGGGCCAAGGCCCUCGGCUACGGGCGUCACCUGCUCCAGCAGGUGGGCGAGUCUAGGCACGCGUCGGGCGAGGCGCAGAAGCUGGCCUUUGGCGACGACGAGUUCGCCGUCGGCUUCGACAGGGACGUCGUCGUCUUCGGCGUCGACGGCAACCCCAAGUGCCUCGUCCUGGGAGGGGCAAAGCCGUCCGGCACCAAGGUUCACCAGGUGCGGUACCACUCCGUCGGCGGCGGUGACGGCGACGACAAGACGGCGGCGGCAGCGGCAGCAGCGGCAGCGGGAGAAGCAAGGUCGCUCCUGGCCGUCUCUACCGAGGACGGACGCAUCGUCAUCGUCUCCACGGCAGACGAGCACAUCACGCCGCUGGAGGAUGUCAAGGACGGCAUGGCGCCCGGAGCGGCGCGCACGGUGGCCCAGGUCGGCGGUCGCGCCGAGGGGGUAGGCUCCCGCAUCAAGGACUUCGUCCUCGUCCGCGGCAGCGACGACGGCGACAACGCCACCCUCUACGCCAUCGGCGGCGGAAGCGAUGGCGUCGUGAGGGUCUGGGCGCUCGGCGUGGAUGAGCUGCGCGGCGUCGUCGCCGACGGCGAGGCGGAGCCGGUAAAGGGCCGUCUUGUGGGGACGUACCGGACCGAUAAUCGCAUCAUGUGUAUGGCUGCGUAUCUCAUGACGCCCAAUGACGACGUGGAGGAUGACGACGGUGUUUUUCUGGACGAGGACGAGGACGAGGACGAGGACGAGGACGGCGAUAGUGAUGACGAGGAGUGA